AUGGCCGAGCGGGAGGUGGCAGCGAACACAGGGGUCAUUCACAAAGCGCUGGCUGCCGCUGGAGUUUACGGCCUCAUCAAUAAUGCAUGGGGAUACAUGGACUCAACCAUCAGGUGGUGCUGGCUCCCUAACUGGCUGCCAUCAUGGUGUCCCACUUCACUGAACCAACUGAGAGUGGCAGAGAAACAGAUGCUGCGAUGCGUCUCAAGCUCUUACACCCAACAGUACGUUCCCAUCUCCAACAAGCACCAGCUGUGGACCCUCACCUUCCCCGGCGACCCACUCACACGCAAGACCCCUAUGGUUCUCCUUCAUGGUUUUGGGGGCGGAGUUGGACUCUGGGCUCAGAACCUGGACGAGCUGUCACUGCACAGACCGGUCCUGGCUUUAGACCUGCUGGGAUUUGGACUCAGCAGCAGGCCGCAGUUCUCCUCACAGCCACUGGAGGCAGAGGAGCAGUUUGUGGACUCCUUAGAACAGUGGAGGAUGGAGUUAGGGCUGGAAGCUCUGAUCCUGGUGGGACAUAACUUAGGAGGGUUUCUCGCCAUGUCAUACGCCAUUAGAUAUCCUGACAGAGUAAAGCACAUAAUCCUGGUGGAGCCGUGGGGUUUCCCAGAGAGUUCAGCCCAAAGUGUCCCGGACCACCCCAUCCCGGUGUGGAUCAAAGCUCUGGGCGCCAUGUUUAGCCCCUUUAACCCCCUGGCCAGCCUCAGACUGGUCGGGCCACUCGGCCCCACACUGGUGCAGACCCUUAGACCGGACUUUAAGAAGAAGUUUUCCUCUAUGUUUGAAGACAACACAGUGGCGGACUACGUCUACCACUUAAAUGUCCAAACUCCAAGUGGGGAAACAGCUUUCAAAAACAUGUCUCUUCCUGAUGGCUGGGCGAAGAGGCCGAUGCUUCACAGAGUAGACCGACUUCCUCCUGAAAUUCCCAUCUCCAUCAUCUACGGCUCCAGAUCCAAUAUUGACAGCAACUCUGGCAGCGCCAUCAAAAGCCUCAGGCCCACCUCACGAGUGGAUAUCAUUGUCAUUCACGGCGCUGGACAUUACGUUUUCGCCGACCAAGCUGAAGAUUUUAACAAGAAAGUUUUAGAAGUGUGCAAAAAUGUGGAUGGAAUCACUUGCUGUUACUAA